AUGAAGAUCUUGGCGGCAGGAGUCGUGCCCCUGCUGCUGGUCUUGCACUGGAAACCCGGGGCGGGGAGCCCCCUUCCCAUCAACCCCGUCAACGCCACCUGCAACACACACCACCCAUGCCCCAGCAACCUCAUGAGCCAGAUCAGGAGCCAGCUGGCACAGCUCAAUGGCACUGCCAACGCCCUCUUUAUUCUCUAUUACACAGCCCAAGGGGAGCCGUUCCCCAACAACCUGGACAAGCUGUGCGGCCCCAAUGUGACGGACUUCCCGCCCUUCCACGCCAACGGCACGGAGAAGGUCAGGCUGGUGGAGCUGUACCGCAUCGUGGCCUACCUUGGCACCGCCCUGGGCAACAUCACCCGGGACCAGAAGACCCUCAACCCCACGGCGCACAGCCUGCACAGCAAACUCAACGCCACGGCGGACACGCUGCGGGGCCUGCUUAGCAACGUGCUGUGCCGCCUGUGCAGCAAGUACCACGUGGCCCACGUGGACGUGGCCUAUGGCCCGGACACCUCGGGCAAGGACGUCUUCCAGAAGAAGAAGCUGGGGUGUCAGCUGCUGGGAAAAUACAAGCAGGUCAUGGCCGUGUUGGCGCAGGCCUUCUAG